AUGAAACAGUUGAGUACAUUAGGGGCUCGAAGACACUUCUUCCGAAGCCCGAGGCGUGCGAUGCGACCCCUGAGGCCGGGACUGUCGCCCGACGGACUCGAGGACUCGCCGGAGAUGAUCGGCGGACCCAACAAUGGUUUCGGAUAUUUUUCAGACUCGAGUAACCCGAGUGAGUUCCAGUACGGCAUGCCUCAGCCGCCACAUAACGGGCCACUGGAUCAGGGUUUCUACGACUUUUUCCCCCGUCAGGGCCCACCAGUGCACGCGCCAGAUGGUAUGGUGCCCGCGUUCAUGGGUGACCCCUCACACCUCGGCCAUCCGGCAGCCCUGGCAGCUGAUGCGCCCUUCAUGACAGACAACCAGACAGUGCCGGGAGGACACACCGCUCAGAUGAUUACACAACACACGCCAGGCAUGGGCUCAUCCAACGACGGGGCCCUUCAUUACUGAUUGAACUCAAGAAUAUAUUGCUAUUAAAAUACUUAUGUGUAAAGACUUGUCACAAAAAACAAAUUUUAAAUAAAAUAAUGUUAUUCUCUCUCCUCUUUUCUCUCUCUCUCUCUCUCUCUCUCUCUUCACUUGUGCUCUCUCU